GUGCGCAGUAUCCAUAGAACGUAAAGAACAUGUUCCAGGAAUAAACGGGGAUGGGGCGGAGACAGCCAGCCCAAGACAAGCUUGAACAGCGCUGGACCUUGCCACGAUCUACGCAAUGGAGCGGGAUCGGGCAGUCCAUUUACCGGCAGACGGAGCAGGGAGGCAGCCCUUGUUUCCUUUCUUUCCUUCCAUUUAACCUUUAAUUCUUAAGGGUCUCGAACCUCCCUCCCCCCAUUCGUUCACCUUGCCUCUAUCUCAUCCCACCUCACCUUUGGUAUCCAGGGUGUAGACUUGAACAACAAAAAAAGGAAAAUCCGCACAAAGUCAACCAAACAAACAAGUUUCCGUCUACACUGAACACAUACAACCAGUCGGCCGAACCAAAGAAACAAAAAAGGAAGAAGCUCAACACACGCCGCAACAAUGGGCUUCGCAUUAAAAUUCCUCCAGUGGUUCAUCCGCGGCGUCCAGCUAGGCUGCUCCGUCCUCAUCCUCGCAACCUUCUCCUACUUCCUCGCGACCCUCCACAACCACUCCCUCCCGAUAUCGAACUCUAUCCGCGCCGUCGAGGGCAUCUCGGGCGCCGCCACCCUCUACACUCUUGUCGGCCUCCUGCUGCUCUGCUGCCUCGCGGGGCUCGCCUUCACCUCCUUCAUCGCCAUCGUCCUCGACGUCGCCUUCAUCGGCGCCUUCAUCUACGUCGCCGUCGCAAACAAGGGCGGCGCCGGAACCUGCUCCGGCACCGUCAGUACCCCCUUCGGCGACGGCCCCGCCGACGGCGAGCCGACCAACACGGGAAGCGACGGCUGGACUCACCUCCCCAGUCUGCGCACGGCUUGUAAGCUGCAGACCGCCUGCUUUGCAGUCUCCAUUGUCGCAAUUUUCUUCUUCAUCUUCUCCAUUCUCGUUGAGGUCGCCCUCGCCCGUCACCACCGCAAGGAGAAGCGCUUUGGCCCCAGCCCCAAGAACAACUACACCUCGGGUUCGGGUACCAAGCCCGGCUUCUUCAGCAGCUUCCGUCGCCGUGGCCGCGCCGACGCUGCGACCAACGACAAUGCGCUACCCAUGCACACCAGCCCCGACCAGGUCCGCCCCAGCUACGCCACCGAGACCACCGCCGUCGCCCAGGAUGCCGGCUACCCCAAGUACGAAGGCGCCUACGGCAACACCACAACGGCGACUGGCGGUGCCAACGGCUAUGAGUACGGUCACGAGACUGGAACCACGCAGCCGCCCCCUCGGCACUACAACGAUGGUGUUUACGACAGGGUUUAGAUACGACUGAGACAGGAAUUGAAACGAGACCACAUAAUGAGUUGAAGGAAGAAUUGAAACUGGUCUAGGUUGGCAAAGAUACCCAGGAAAUUGAGGAGUUUUUGCCGUCGCUUUCGAGACGAUGGCUUCUUGUUGCAUUUUAGUCACGAAUCAAUUGAUCACGUACAUACAUUGACCCAAU